AUGAUCUCCUCGUGCUUCAGUGCGCCGGAAGAUUGCUCUCGAAAGGGAAAACGAAAAAUGUCGUGCACCGUGCGCCGCCAAAUCUGGUUGGCAUUUGGGUUGGGCUCCCGGCACAUCCUGCAAAGAGGCCUCCAAGCGGUGCAGCAGGGCACGCGGAGGAUGUUUCGGCACGCGCUGACACCGACGGUGCGCUCUGCGGAGCGACGAGCCCGAACCUUGAGCGCGCAGCUUACGGAUGGAUGCUCAUUGUCUCGCUGCCUCAUUGCCCCUCCGUUGCUCACUUAUGUCAUUGUCUUGUGCGGCGCCCAGGGCCCCGUGCGCAGCUGUCGCCGCGCCCUUUCCCCCAUGGCAGUGGGAGCAUCGACUCUGGACGCUUCUCAGACUUUGGGUGCAGGCAUGCCAUCCACUCCACAAGCCGGCUCGCCGCUGCCAGCGCAGCCGAAGGCCCCCUUGGCAUACGAAAUUGUGAAAGGCGCGCUUGUUAGAGGAUGCACCAUGACGCCCAAUGAUAAUGCACCCACCUUCGUGCUGGUCCAUGGCAUCUUGGGGUCGCGGAGGAACAUGCAAAAAUAUGCUAAGAUUCUUGUGGAGGGCUAUCCAGCAUGGCAGGCUCUGCUGGUGGACCUGCGAUGCCAUGGACAAUCCGCAGGCUCAGCGCUUCCAUUGCCGAACAGUGUUGAGUCGUCUGCCAGGGAUAUUCUGAAGCUGCUCAGCAGCCUGAAGUUGUUUCCUCAAGUGCUGGUGGGACAUUCCUUUGGGGGCAAAGUCGUGAUGAGCAUGGCACAGCAAUUUGGGAAGAGAUUGCCAAGGCCUGUUCAUGUGUGGGUACUGGACGCCCUUCCUGGCGAUGUGCGAGCCGGCGAGCGCAACCGCCGGGACCAUCCCUCCGACCUGAUUUCCACCCUGAACACGCUGCCCAUGCCCAUAAGGAGCCGCUCGGACCUCAUAGACCACCUCCUGCGGGCGGGCUUCUCUCGCGAGGUGUCCACCUGGAUGACCACCAGCCUGAGGCCCGCCAGCGCCACGGCCAGGAGGGACCUGACGUGGUCGUUCGAUCUGGCGGGGGUGGAGGAAAUGUACAAGUCGUAUGAGGACACCAACCUCUGGCCACUCCUUGUGGAUGUUCCGGAAGGGCUGAAGCUACACUUUGUCCGUGCGGAGGGGAGUCACUACAAGUGGGCGGGUAGAGACCACGAGUUGAUUGAGUCCUAUGGCCACACAGUGCACCUCUUGAAGAACGCAGGGCACUGGGUGCAUGCCGACAAUCCAUGCGGGCUGUUUGACAUCAUGAAGGACUCGAUAGGGACUGCCGACUUGCACGUGCGGCGUGCCCAGAUGCCCCGAUGA